AUGCCUCAUGCGCUUACUUCCCGCGACUCGACGAUGGAGUCGAAGCCAGUCGGCUCUUAUGAUCCGACUGGGAUCGACGUGCUCAUUGUAGGCACAGGACUUGCCGGCCUGGUCGCUGCUCUAGAAUGCACACGCAAAGGACACAAUGUACGCGUUUUGGAGAGAAAUGCGGACAUCAACACAGCUGGUGACAUGUACUUCAUGGGGUUGAGCGCAACACGUUUCCUUAAGCACUGGCCUGAGCUUCUCAAAGAAUACAAAAAAAUCUCCCUACACAAUGCUUGGAUUGAGACUUUCAAGCACUCUGGCGAAGUUGUCAUUCCACCGAAGAAGGUCGCGGACCGCCUCCGCGCACAAGGACUGGACCCCGAUACCCCGCCCGGCGAGUUCCAGAUGCGUCCGCUUGUAUAUAAGAUGUUUGUGAACGCUGUCGAGAAGCUCGGUGUAUCUGUCGAGUUCAACCGCAAAAUUGUUGAUUACUUCGAGGACGAGCAGACUGGUAAGGGCGGCUGUACAACCGAUGAUGGAAAGCGAUACGAGGCAGAUGUCGUUAUUGCGGCUGAUGGUGUUGGAUCAAAGAGCCAAAAGCUUGUUGGUGGACAGGUCCGCGCAAAGCCGUCUGGACGAGCUAUGUGGCGUGCUGCUUAUCCGCGUGAGGCACUCGAUGCGAACCCUAGGGUCAAGGAGUUCUUCAAGCUUCAACCAGGAAACGAGCCGAUUGGUAUGAAAUUUGUUCAGAAGAGGAAGAGAGUAACCGGUACGGAGAAGGAGAGCUGGAGCAACACCAUCGACAAGCAGGAAGUGCUCGAUGGAAUGGAGACCAUGCCCGGCAUGGAGACAGUCAAGUGGGCGCCAAUCUUCAAAGAACUUGUCGAGACCACGCCACCAAACACAAUUGUCAACUUCGAGCUUCUCUGGCGGAACCCGCAACCGAGCUGGACAUCUCCCGGUGCGCGCGUGAUUCAGAUUGGAGAUGCAGCGCAUUCAUACCUCCCUGCGUCAGGCAACGGCGCCACACAAGCCAUCGAAGAUGCUAUCUCAUUAGCUUCAUGUUUACAAAUUGGUGGCAAGGAGAAUAUCCCCCAAUCCGUGCGCGUUCACAUUCGAUUCCGUUUCAUCCGCAAUUCCUGCGCACAAAAGCUCGGUUUCUCGAACGCGGAACUUCUCCAAGACACGGACUGGGACAAAGUCAAGCUCGACCCGCGCCGCGCCGCACCCAAGCUACCUAAGUGGGUAUGGUCGCACGAUCCGGAAGCCUACGCAUACGAGAACUACGCCUUGAGCGCUGAAAGCCUGAAGAAGGGAAUUGAUAUGAAAGACGAAGAUUCCUUCGAGCCAAACUACCCCAAAGGUUACAAGUACGAGCCCUGGAGCAUUGAGAAUAUCAUGGAGGAUAUGAGGGCUGGAAAGUCGAUUGAUCUUGGCCCGGGAGACUGGGAGUAA